GAUGGGAUUCCACAGACCAGAGUUCUGGAAACCCUCCUGAAUGCUCCUCUACAUGCCACUCAACAGGAUAAGGUCAGCUUCGACACAGUGGAAGGCUUUGGGGAGAAAACUGUGAUGUUUUCCACAGAUGAUGCCUUCAUGGACAUGACCCACAGUCAAACGAUGAACGUGUCCAGUUAUGCAGAUACCUCCCUCCACGUCUGUGAUGCUUUACCCGCCGGUGGAGAGAAAAAGUGGAUGUUCACUGCAGAUGAUGCAUCCAUGGAUAUGUCACUUCUCCCUGCCAGAAAGAAGGAUUUAAGUGUGGAGAAGAGAGACAUACCCUCAUCAGUGUCAAGUUUGGAUCACGGAUUUGAAAACUUCCUGGCGAGUCUCUCCAAACCUGGUGGUCCCUCCUCUUUAGCCACUGUUGACACAAACAUCUCCGUCGCUCAAGUGAAAACCCAAAAGGCUACUGUGGACAAAGAGAAUCUGUUCCCAGCGUCUGUCUCAGCCGUGAUGGAGAAGUCACUCAAUAAACCCAGGAAGGCAGAGGAAUCAUCUUGUGGACCCAGCCCAGAUGUUGAUGUUAGCAUGAACCUGACUGAGGUUCAAACGGGACGCAUACUGUCAGUCGCAGUGGACGAUAAUCCAUUUCAGUGUCUAUUUCCCACACAAGACAUGUACGCGCUCUCCGACGAAGGAGAAUCCCAAAUAGCGAAAGUGACGACGAUCAAGUCUGAACCUAAAGAUAUGGCCUCCUCGAAGAAUCCUGCUCGAAAUGCUUCACAGCCAAGAAGGAAGGUCAACCUUAAUGCCAGAGAUGAAAACACAGAUAAAACGAUACGCUUCACUGCAGGUGAUGAGUUCAUGGACAUGACUCAAAGUCACACCGUUAACAUUGCCGGUGGUCCAUUAGCUCCUCAGCCAGGGUCCGCAGAUGGUUUGGAAUCAGGAUUUAAGAACUUCCUCACAGGUCUGUCGAAGCCAACUGUCCCCAGUGUUAAUCCUGGGAUUGAGAUAGAGGCGCCCUUGACUGCAGCAUCAUCUCAAAAAAACAUCAAAAGGGACAGAUCCUUGUGUGAGUUAAAAACACCAAUGCCUGAUGCAAGCAAAGAAAAUUGGUCUCUGAAUCCAAGCCGGAGCUGCAGAGAAUCCUCCAUGGGGGUUGAGAUCUGUCCGGAUAUUGACAUGACCAUGGAGAUGACUGAAACUCAAACAGGCCGCAUUUUAGAAGUCUCUGGUUCAAACGAUCCGUUUCAGUUUCUUUUCCCAUCACAAGACAUCUAUCCACACGGGGAAAAUCUGAAGAAAGCAGAGAUGACGUCAGGACAGAAGAACAGUGAAGCACUGGGGUCACUGAAACAUGCUGGUCUUCACACCCAGGAUGAGUUUGACCCUGAAGACGACCACAGAGAGAAGACGGUGAGGUUUUCUGCAGAUGACGCCUGUAUGGAUGUGACACGAAGUCACACUGUCAACAUCGGCACUGACUUCAGUCACAAACAUUCAGGCUCUUUGUCUUCCAAAGAUAAAACAAUAAGAUUCAAUGUAAAAGACGCAGGUAUGGACAUGACCCAGUGCCUCACGGUGAAUAUUGCCAAUAAUUUAGGAUCCGAUUCAAUUCUUCUUUCCGAGAAGAAACCAGAGAGUGAGAAACGUGGUCCCUUGAGAGACAGAUCUUCAUCAGCACAAGGUUUGGAUCCAGAGUCAAAUAGUUUCCUCACCAGUGUUGAUCCUAUGUUUGAAAGAAAGACGUCGUCAGCUGCACCUUUCUCUAACGUGAGAGACUCAUCGGCUGGAGGCACAAUCUGCCCAGAAGACGAUGUUAGCAUGGAUAUGGAUAUGACUGAGGCUCAAACAGGCCGGAUUGUAGGACUUACACAUACAGAGGAUCCUCUUCAGGGUCCUUUCCCACCACAAGACAUCUUCCUCCAAAGUGGUUAUCUGAAGAAAGCCGAGAUGACUUCAGGACGGAAGAGCAGUGGAGCACUGGGCUCAUCCGGUCAUACAGGUAUGGGAACCUCAUGGAAGUCAUCUUUAAAGACAAAGGAACAAAAACCUCAGGAUGAGUUUGACCCUGAAGACGACCACAGAGAGAAGACGGUGAGGUUUUCUGCAGAUGACGCCUGUAUGGAUGUGACACGAAGUCACACUGUCAACAUCGGCACUGACUUCAGUCACAAACAUUCAGGCUCUUUGUCUUCCAAAGAUAAAACAAUAAGAUUCAAUGUAAAAGACGCAGGUAUGGACAUGACCCAGUGCCUCACAGUGAAUAUUGCCAAUAAUUUAGGAUCCGAUUCAAUUCUUCUUUCCGAGAGGAAACCAGAGUUUGAGAAACGUGGUCCCCUGAGAGACAGAUCUUCAUCAGCACAAGGUUUGGAUCUAGAGUCAAAUGUGUUUGAAAGAAAGACGUCGUCAGCUGCACCUUUCUCUAACGUGAGAGACUCAUCAGCUGGAGGCACAAUCUGCCCAGAAGACAAUGUUAGCAUGGAUAUGGAUAUGACUGAGGCUCAAACAGGCCGGAUUGUAGGACUUACACAUACAGAGGAUCCUCUUCAGGGUCCUUUCCCACCACAAGACAUCUUCCCACCACAAGACAUCUUCCCCCAAAGUGGUUAUCUGAAGAAAGCCGAAAUAACUUCAGGACGGAAGAGCAGUGGAGCAUUGGGCUCAUCCGGUCGUACAGGUAUGGGAACCUCAUGGAAGUCAUCUUUAAAGACAAAGGAACAAAAACCUCAGGAUGAGUUUGACCCUGAAGACGACCACAGAGAGAAGACGGUGAGGUUUUCUGCAGAUGACGCCUGUAUGGAUGUGACACGAAGUCACACUGUCAACAUCGGCACUGACUUCAGUCACAAACAUUCAGGCUCUUUGUCUUCCAAAGAUAAAACAAUAAGAUUCAAUGUAAAAGACGCAGGUAUGGACAUGACCCAGUGCCUCACAGUGAAUAUUGCCAAUAAUUUAGGAUCCGAUUCAAUUCUUCUCUCUGAGAAGAAACCAGAGAGUGAGAAACGUGGUCCCUUGAGAGACAGAUCUUCAUCAGCACAAGGUUUGGAUCUAGAGUCAAAUGUGUUUGAAAGAAAGACGUCGUCAGCUGCACCUUUCUCUAACGUGAGAGACUCAUCAGUUGGAGGCACAAUCUGCCCAGAAGACGAUGUUAGCAUGGAUAUGGAUAUGACUGAGGCUCAAACAGGCCGGAUUGUAGGACUUACACAUACAGAGGAUCCUCUUCAGGGUCCUUUCCCACCACAAGACAUCUUCCUCCAAAGUGGUUAUCUGAAGAAAGCCGAGAUGACUUCAGGACGGAAGAGCAGUGGAGCACUGGGCUCAUCCGGUCGUACAGGUGUAGAUAAAUCUUCGAGGACCUCUUUCAAGGCAACGAUGCGAAGAUCUCAGGUCAAGUUUGAUGCUGAGGACGACUGCAGAGGGGAAUCUGUGAGGUUGUCUCCAGAUGAUGCAGAUACAAAUGUGACCGACUGCCUCGAUGUAAAUGUUGUCACCACAACAGCAUUACACUCAGUUCUUCCACACCAGGAAACAAACAUCACAGAAGCCCACAGAGACGCGGAUUUACAUCUCAUUGGGAAGAAGAGAGGCAGGUCUUUGUCCACACGCAGUCUGGAUCCAGGAUUUAAAAACUCCCUCUCUAGGAUGAGUUGCCCGUGGGUUAGUCCUGUGAAAGUAGUGACUCCUACUGGACAGCGCCCUCCAGAGGCUGCCGAUGCAAAUGACCAGCUUCAAAUACAGAAUCCUGGUGUUGAUACUACAAAUGAUGCCCUGGAGAAGUCACAAAACAAAACCAUGACAGACUUCACAGAACUUGACCAGAGCAUGGAAAUGACUGCAGCUCAAACCGGCCGCAUUUUUGGACAAAGCUGCACAGAUGAACUCCCUCAAUGUUUGACUUCAUCACAAGACUCAGACCUCAAGUUUGAGCUUUCGAAGCAAACGGAGGCAAAGUCACGACAGAGCGAUAAAGCUGUGGAAAUCUCAAACCUGACAGAAUCUGCUGACUCAUUUGAAAUCGUGACCAGGAAAGAACACGAACCACAAAAUGAAACCACUUCAUCACAAAAGACGGACGAUGGAAGUUCCCUCGGUGCCGUUGACCAAGACUUGGAUACGUUUGGUUCGCGGAAGUCGAGGCGGAUUAGUUUAGCCGAUAUCCAUUCAAAGGUCAAGCGAUUGAGUCACAUGAUAAACACGGCUCCCGUCGUGGAAAGCUGCACGGAAACUUUGCCUCAUUUUGACGACGACUCGGACAAAACCAAACCCCCGCCCGCAGUGGAGCCUGAACUCGACAUGAGUUUGGAGAGCAAAGAAGAAGAAACACAAAAUCAGUAUCUUACCCGAGGAGGAGAAUCCCCAGCUGCUGCCACUCCGUUCAACUUGAAGACUAAACAGCUGAUGUCGAGACUGUCGAUGGGAGGGUUCAAAGCCAAGCUCCCUCAAUUAAGCAAACCCAGUGAUCCGAAGGUGCUGACUUGGGCAGGAGAGCACAUGAAGACCAUGACUGUUAACGUCACCAAUCGACUGAGUAACGUUGACCACGAUGUGAGCGAUAUAUUCGACGAACAGCUCGACAGCUCAGGGGAUCUGUCGGAUACUCUGAAACCGAAAAGUCCCGAAGAAAUCCCUGAAAACAUGAGUCAUCAGCAGGAGGCCGACGAGGAGCUUCUAGAGGAAGACGUGUUUGAGGAGGACUUCAUCAGUGCGGUCCAAGGGAAGAAGAGACCUUUGCCAAAUGAUGAGAACAAUAUGGAGGAUGAGAAGAGGAUGAAAGCCUCCAUCGAGGAGGCCGAUGACAUCUAUGAUAUGGGAUCCCAGUCUCAUUCUGUGGAGUAUGAUGGAAACCUCACCUCGGCUCCAACCAUGACGACACACACCACCGACUGCUCCAGCAGCAUUAGCCACACAGCCAGCGGCCGCUGUGAAGCCACAUUUGAGUCAACUUUUAAACAUAGUAUGUACGAGUCUCAGCUUGAAGAUUACACAAGUGAUGCACAAAAGAAAUUGGCGGACGGCACCAUUACAGUGUUGGAGUUCUUGAAACUCUUCAACAUAGACUUUGUCAUCCACAACUCUCGGCAAAGUGUCCUUCCUGGCAGAAUUCCGUCCGACACAGAACGCACAGAAAUGGACGUACUGAGAGAACGACACAUCUGUCGUCCUAAACAGACAGUGUAUGAGACAGACGUCCUCAGCCUCACAGAGAAGGUGGAGGGGUUGAAGGUUCGAUUGCAGGACCUGGACAAACCUCUGAAGACGAUGAAUCAAGCUUUGUGGGACGAGAUGAGAAAUUCUUCAGAGAAAGAGCUCAAAUCUUUUGGUUUGAAACUGAAAGAGAAAAACAGCUUCUUCCGAAAGACGAGCAAAGUUCUGGGGCAUGAAAUGAAGGAGCUCCUCUACUCAAAUCUCGUGCAGGCAAAUCUGGAGGAGCAGCAGAAGUUGAGAGGAACCAUCGAACAAGCAGAUGAAAUGAUAAAGAGUCUGGACGACUGUAUUUGUGAAAUGGAAGCAGAACUCGCUGCAGUUGAAGAAAAAGGCUUUGAAGGGAAACCAGGUCUGGGAUCAUGUCAGGAAGAGAUGAAGAAAGUCUCUGAAGCUUUGGCCGACAAUGACCGACAAGUGGCUGAACUGGAGUUGCUGAAGAAGCAGAAUUCAAGUAAACUCAACAGGCUGCAAACUGACACGAGGAACCUGGAGAGCCACAUCACCGCCAUGCACCUGGUCAACGAGUGGAAGCUUGGAGAGAAGCAGGAGAACUGCUCCAUCUACACAUUUCUCCAUGAGACCAUGCAUCUGCAGCUGGUGUAUGAAAAAUCAGAAGGAACCGAUGCUGAUCAUCAGACCGAGAGGAAAAUAUCUCACAUCAACUUCAAACUUCAGCUUAACGACGAGAAGUCCCGGUGCCACGCCCGCCUCGUCCACAAGCUGCUCUCUCACUACGUGGACAGUGAAGCAUCCUGGGUAGACAAGUAUCCAACGAGCAGACACGUGCCAACGCUGCUCCAUGACGUCGGCCUGGUGGUGAGUCGCUGUCGUCUCCUGGGAGAAGAGCUGCGUCUGCUGAAGAUGUGGGGGGGUCUACAACUGGAUAUUCUGGACAUCAGCUGUGAGGACACUCGGGUUCACAUUGUCUUCAGCAGCCUCAAGACACUUUCCAAGUUCAAGGUGGUCUUCUCCGUCGGUUUGAUCGAGCAGCUCUGUGUCGUUCAAGUCGAGAGCUUCCACAACGUGAUCGGAAGCACUGGGAGGCAACAGAUCGAAGAGGUGGUGGCGUCGUUCAUUCCGUCCAAGAACCUCCUGACGAAGAUCAUCAAAAAGAUUCACGAUCACCUUCUGUGUUGAGACCGGCAGCUGUGGUUGUUUUCCACCGGACGUCCUGUCGUCCUGAAGCAAACACGCCUGUUUAACGUUUCACUGUUUUACAACAAGUUAUUACAGUUGGUUAGAAAUACAGGAGGUUGUAUAUCUGUCACCUGUCGUAUACAUAUGUAAAUACUUUUCAUGUUGUUUUGUUCUCACUGUAAAUCAGUUUAAUCUCUUUUCAAGAUUCUCAUUAAAAAUUGUAAUAUGUCCUGUCCCAUGUCUUUUUGUGUAGGGGGGGGGGGGUUACUCCACUUAUCAAUGUGUGUUUGUGUUUGUCACCUCAAUCCUACAAAAAUAACUGCAGCAAAAACAUUGAUCAUGUGAAUAAUGAUAAAUAAAGUUUGUUUUUUAUAAUAGUAGAA